AUGAAGUUCCGCAUCGCUUGCUUCCUCCUUCUCGUCGCUCUGGUGGACCUUGUGUCCGCCGACUGGGUUGGCCAUGUCGUCAAUAAGUGCGACUUCGACGUUUGGGCCAAAACCACCCGCCAGCCAGGCUCCGACGGCAAUGCAAUCCUCGACUCACCUAUGGAGAAGAUCUCCGCUGGGGGUGGGAUUUACAACGCUGCGUUCAUCCCGGUCUACGGCAACGGUGAAGGUUCCCCAGAUGCUUCUGAUCACGCCCAUGGAGUCACCAUCAAACUCCAGAAGGAAGAGGACCCGAGCUUCGCAACUGGCCACGUCUACCAGCUGGAGUACACUCCCUACUGGUACCAAGACCCCAACGUCCAGUGGCUAUCCGCAGACCUCUCCGUCGUCGAUGGCAAUCCCUUCACCGACAUCGUUCGUUACGCAGAGAUCCUUGUUGACGGGAAGCGACUUGACGCCUCCCUUUGCAACUCAUCCGACGGAGGGACCGGCUCAGUUCUGUACUGCGCCCCCAGCGACCAGCCUUGCCCGGCCGAAUGGCAGCCUGGCCACGCGCGCUCGGAGAACGAUCCCGAAGCCAACUACACUUCUGAACUCACAUGCCAACCGAUGAACAACAACCCUCAAUGCUCCCACCCCAUUGAGUGCCGUGCCGGACCAACCGGUGUCUUUCAAUUCACCCUCUGCGGUUAA